AUGGCUACUACACUUUGCAGGAUGAUAUACCUUUCCCUUUUCUUCCUCUAUCUGGCCGUGGCAGACGCAGCCUGGAUUGAGGCCCGCUCGAACCCCACCUUGCUCACGCCUCUGCAAGCACACGGCCAGCUCAUGAAGCGCGAUCUCUCGACCCCUUCGAACUCUUGCCUACCUGCCCUGUCAGCCACUUCGUGCGACGGCUUGACAGGCUGUGCCGCGGACCAAGAGUGCUGCAAUGCGCUAGGCUGUCGACCUAAAGACAGUGUCAAGUGCGUGACGGGAUACGCCACCGACGGCUGGGAAUGCUGCGGUACCAGCUGGCAGUAUCCCGCGAGCCAGGGAGCCAUCUGCUGCGGCGGGUCGCAGGGCUACUGGUGUCCGGCCGGCUAUCAGUGCGUCAAGCACCUCAUUGUGCAGUAUAGCUGCUGCACCGAUGACUCGUGCAAUGUCUACUGGAACGGCACCGACGCCGUGACAGUGUCGACCUCGUCCUCGUCGACAACAACAUCGUCGGCCGAACCCUCCCUCCCACCAGCCACCACCAUCUCCACGCUUCCAGAAACCGUGCCACCGGGAUCGACGACGCCGCCGUCAACAAGCAAGAAAAGUACGUCGUCGAGUAAGACCAGCAGCGUUGCUCCAUCUUCGACACCAACCAAAUGCAACCCUUCGGGCCCUCAACCGACCUUCGUCCUGCAACAGACAGCCAGCACAGCCAAGGAGAACGGAACCUAUGCGCUCCUCUCCAAGGUCGGCGGCGGCCGGGACAAGAUCUCCUUCGGCGGGACGGCGGCCAACGCGACAACCUUCACGUUUAACCAGGCGUGUGGCCUCGUGGGGUCUGCCAGCAAGGAAGUCGCAAGCCUCCAUCCACCCGUCAACGCGACGGGUGCCGCCAUGACCUUGUUCUUCGACGCGCCCGCCAACAUCACCGCGCUGGAUUACACAACGGCCACGUUCGACGUGGUAGACAGUGCAUUGACGUGCAAGGUUCAGAACGUGGCCGAAACCUGGUUCUCCUGCAAUGGGAUACUCGCGGUCGGGGCAAAGGCCGGCAGCGGCUGCGUCAAGAUUGGGUUGGCGCCGCAUUUUGUAAAGGGCUGA